UACUCGGAUCCCAUAGUUUCGUUGUCCCUUCCAUGUCUACACACCAGAUAAGUUUUGACUCUCAUCUCUUCUUUCUUCACACUUCCACCAAUCUCUCUUCACACAAUUUUCAAGAACCCUGCAACUAUAUAUACACAUUGUCAAUACCAUACAUUAAAAAGUCUUUGAAACUAGCUAAUACAUACAAAUUCAAACUCCCUCUCAAGUUUCUUGGAGAAAUUAAAUGGAUUGCCCUCAAGAUUUCCGGUGCCCCAUUUCAAUGGAGGUAAUGAAGGAUCCGGUCACCAUCUCCACCGGCGUUACGUACGAGCGGAAAAACAUCGAGAGAUGGUUCCGCACCUAUAAGAAGACCACCUGCCCCACCACAAUGCAAUUCAUCGAUGUCUUGGAGAUGACUCCCAAUCACACGCUCCACCGGUUGAUCGCCGCGUGGCAAGCUAGGCCGGGCCGCGCUCCCCCUCCUCCUCCGCCGGCUUCGGCCAAGCGCGACGAGCUGGCCGCCGCGCUCGGCGCGAUCGACUCGACGCCGUUCAAGGUGAGCUGCCUGCGGCGGCUGGGGUCGAUCGUGGGAUUGGGGGACGAGGUGAAGGAGGAUUUCAAGCGAUUGGGCGGAGUCGAGGUGCUGGUGAGGAUAAUGGAGCAGGUUUUGGGGGAAAACUCCGAUUUCGCGGCGUUUAGGGCUUGCGAGGAGGCGGUGGCGGUGCUGCGUCAGAUCCCGGUCUCCGACGACGACGAGCAGAUCCUGCAGCUGCUGAUGAGCUCCGACUGUAUGAAAUCGAUGGCGAUCGUGCUCCAGAGAGGGAGCGGCGAGGCCAGAUUCGGCGUGAUCGCGACGUUCGAGAAGAUGGCGAGGGCUGAUUAUCAGUGGAACUACGCGGCGCAGGAUCAAGGCGUCGGCUUCUUCAAAUCUCUGCUGGAGAUUGUGUCGGACGAGAUCUGCAGCAAGGCGAGCUCGUGCGCGCUGAAGCUGCUGAUACAGAUGCUGGAGGCGUCGAAGAAGUCGCGGCUCAAGGCCAUCGAGGCCGGCGCCGUCUGCACGCUGGUGGAGCUGCUGCCGGAAUCGAGCAGAUCCAAGUGCGAGAAGAUCAUGCAGCUGAUCAAGCUGCUGUGCCAAUUGGCGGAGGGGAGGCUGGCCUUCGCGGAGCACGGAUUGGGGAUCGCGGCGGUGUCGAAGAAGAUGCUGAAUGUCUCCGGCGGCGGCGCCACCAAGAUCGGGGUGAAGAUAAUGUGGCUGGUGGCGAGCUUCCACGCGACGGAGAAGGUGUUGGAGGAGAUGCUGAUGUGCGGGGCGGUGAAGAAGCUGGUGGCGCUGCUGCAUGUCGGCGGCGGGCAGUCCACGACCAAGGAUAGGGCGGUGAAGAUAUUGAAGCUGCGCGGCCGUGAGUGGCGGCGGUACCCUUGUUUCCCGGCUGACGUUAGGGAUUACUUGGGGUUAGGGUAUCAUAGUCCUUGAUUUUUUUUUAUUUUUUUUUUUCAAAAAAAGAAAAGGAAAUAUAGAUAUAUUUGUAAUAUAUUUUAAUGACGAAAUAUACAAAAAUAUUCUUUGUUCCAA